AUGCCAACUCCUCGCAAACAGGAAAGUAGCAUUUCACUACAGAUCCCACAGUCUCAACUGCAAGAGACUCUGGUAAGCCAACUAAAUUCUACUCUGCCAGGAAUUGUAGCAGCAGUAGCUUCACCCGCAGAAACAAUAACAAUAACAGCAACUGAUCCAAUAUUAGGAACAUCUACAUCUACAACUACAACUACAACUACAACUUCAGGGUCUACAGCAGCCUCACCAGCAAUAUCUGUGAAAACACCUGCGGGAAACAGUAGCAACAAUAAUAACAAUCCAAUCACCAGUACUCCAACUCCAGUAUUGAAACCAGUCAUUAAGUUUCCACCUAGUCAUAUUCCUCUUUCUCCAGAUGCUUUAUCUACUUUCUAUAUUCCAUUAACAAAAUCAUCAAAAUCUCCAGCAGGUAAUCUAAAAUUUCACAUACAGCAGCAGCAGCAGCAGCAGCAGCAGCAGCAGCAGCAGCAACAACAACAACAACAACAACAACUACCACAAACUUGUUCAUAUUCUUCUUCUUCUUCUUUACCUUCUUUGGCAACUCUGCCAUUCCCAUCAGGCCCUAUUAACCCUAUUGAUCUCUCCAGUCUCAUUUUGGCUCUGAAUCUUGAGACAGAAUUUGACUCCUUUUUCAAUACCCUUGUCGAUAUUCUUCAAUCUCUUUUUAGUGCCACACGCGUAUCUUUAGCAUUUCCAAAUGAUCCAGCUGAUAUUUACAAUGCUCCAUGGGGACUUAAGGGUCUUUGGAAUGGCGAAUCUGAUCUACCUUCACCAUCGUCACAAUCAUCUUCAAAACGUUCGGAGACACCUCGACAUAGUCUAGACACCAUUAAUAUCCCCCUAAAUAAGAUUUCUUCCAAUAAUGAUUUAGAUGAUAGCUCUUGGGAUACCGAGGGCAUUAUGAGUGAUACUGAAGAAGAGGAUGAAGAUGAUUCCUUGUUAACCACUGAACCAACAGGGCCUACUAUCCCUAUAAAAAAUCCAGAAACAACUACAGCUACUACUAUAAAUACAAACCGGCCAGAUCCAACCCAACGUGUCGGAUCUCCAUUCAACUACGUCCCACUUUACUCUUCGUCUCUAAAUUCUCUCUACCAGGAAGAUGUCGAUUUGAUCACUGAAAAGUUUAGCAAUCCGGUUCCAGCUCGUCCCAAGAAACCCAGCAUAGAUAUUAAUGCUACUGAAACUGCCGCAAAUAUUGCCACCCAACUUUUCUCCUCCACAUCUACAUCUACUACACCCACAACAAUCACUCCUGCGCAAACUCAACCACAACCACUUGAAAAACCAGCCACCUUGCGCCAAAAGCUUACUCGCCGUCUAUCAAAAUCUAAGCGUACUAAACAAGAAGAAACUUCACCCACUGUUAAGGUUGAUGCAGGAGGUACUGCUUUUCUUCCCACAGCUCCUACUUUUGUUUCUUCAACCAAGCCUAUUUUAAGUCUUGAAUCAACAACACAAUUGAAAAAUGUACCUUCUGCGACAAGCAAUGAAACAUUUUCAUUAAAAAAAGGAAGACAUAAACAUUCAACCAGCGUCUCGAGCAAUGGAAGCUCUCGAAGCGGAAAUUUUCGGAGCUCUUAUUUGCAGAUCCACCAUCAAACGUCUGCGUCAGCUUCUUCGUUUACGUACCCAAAUUAUUCAAGGCAUACAAACAACAACCACCGCUUUUCGAUUCUGUCGCCGAGGCCACAGAUGCGCCCUAAUCUUGUGGUCUUUGACGAACUCCAAUCAUUGGCAUGGGAAAAGGACCCCUUGAUUGAUUCCUCGAGUAUUAGUAAAAUCAUCAAGUGCGGAAUGACUACCUUGCUACAAAGAAAAUAUUCGCCCAAUGGAGACGUCCUUGCACCUCCAAAGUAUGAAGAAAAGGUUUAUUUUGACAGCGAGCAGACUAUGAACUCGCCUUGGAGCUGCUCUCCUGCUCCUUCUCCAGCAAUACAUGAUUCUCAAGAAAAUCCCUUUUUUAAGGAUUAUGCCGUGUCUCCUAAAAGCACCACUUGUAGAAAAUCAAGCGAUGGUUCAGAACUAGAAUCAGCAUUUUCACAAGGUAGUAGUGAUUCAGAUACUUCAUUUUCAGAUUAUACUAAAAAGAAUUAUGAAAAUUCAUUCAUACUUUCUGGCAUAAAAGAGUCUGUUUCUGCAAUUGGAUGUGAAAACACAGUCAGCAUUAUUCACAUCCCACUUAUCGUCCCGACCAAAGUUUCUAUAAAUAAAUUUUUGGGGAAAAUGGAGUACAACAAUACGUCUCCCCCCAUUGCCGUGCUUUCAAUCAUGUCACAUUUGAUACCAUACCCUGGUGACUUGAGCGAACAUCUUAAGCAAUUUUCUUCUCAUAUUGCCACUGCCUUGGUUAAUGCUAAAGCUCACACUAACCUCAGCAAUCAAAUAGAUUCCAUCACUUCUUCUUCAGUUUCGUUCCGACCUCACCAUAAUCAUAGAUUGUCAGCUGGUAGCGCUGCCACUAUUUAUAGUGGUUCUUCGUCCCUUCAGUCACCUACUUCUACAAUUUCCCCUGAAAAAUCGGCAAGAAGCGCGCGUCAUCGGGAACGUUUGAAACGAAUGGGAUCAUUUGCAUUUAAAUAUGGUUAUGCAAAACGAUUAGGCUAUGCUUCAACAUCUUCAGCAUCUACUUCAAAGAAAGACGACAAGAAAGAUUUAGAGGAUGAAUCACCUCAUCAUCAUCGACCUUCUUUACUCUCAAAUCCUAGUUCUUCGCGUUCAUUGCUGCCUGUGCGGCAUUUACGCAAAAUUCUCGAGUCUAUUCCCAUCCAAAUCUACACUAUGGAGCCUGCCGCCGGUAACAUUUGUUGGGUCAGCAAUCGGGUGACCUCUUACCGAGGUCAAACUUAUGACGAGUUUUGUGCAGAUCCCUACAAGUCUAUCCAUCCAAAAGACAGAGAUGAUUUUAUUUCUUCUCUUCACGAAGCUUUCCGAACUGGCGAGGCUUUUUCACGGAUGGUGUAUCUACGCCGUUUUGAUGGUGCUUACCGUGCUACAAUUUACAGAUGCUAUCCUUUGCGUGAUGAUCGUGGAGUCACUGUGUUUUGGCUCUGUACACUUUUCGAUGUGCAUCAGCAGCGCAAAGCAGAGCUUGCUGCCAUUAAGCGAGCUAAGGAAACGGCAGGCGACCACAAGUACAAAAUUUUGGCUGAAUCUACUCCUAUUAUUGUUUUUACUUUCCACCGUUCUCGAGGGAUUGUUUAUUCCAACAAGGCCUGGUUUGACUUUUCUGGAUGCAAUGCAGAAAAGACUUAUGGGUUUGAGUACGUGAAACGGAUCCACCCAGAUGACCGAGAACGGUGCUUGAUUCAAACAGACUCAUUUAAGAAGCAUACGCUCAACAAUGAGUGGUCAAUCAAAAAUGUUCCACCAAAGGGCUCUUACACAGUCGAAGCACGCUUACUUGAUAAGAACAAUCAGUAUAUUUGGCAUCUUAUCACGUAUACCUCUGUUGAUGCUGAAGACCUAGAGGACGGCAUGUGGUUUGGAACAUGCACUAAUAUCAAUGAUCAAAAGUUAAAUCAAGCCAAGCUUUUGGAAGACAAGGAAGAAGCACAGCGGACAAUUGAGUCCAAGACCAUUUUCCUUUCCAACAUGUCGCACGAAAUCCGCACGCCAUUAAUUGGUAUUUCGGGUAUGGUUAGAUUUUUAUUUGACACACCGCUGACGGCCGAGCAGUUGGAUUACUGUCAUACUAUUUCUUCGAGUUCCGACGCUUUACUCAAUGUGAUUAACGACAUCUUGGAUUUGUCUAAGGUUGAGUCUGGCAAAAUGACACUGACUUCGACUUGGUACCAUGUGCGACGGCUUCUGGAAGAAGCCAAUGAGUUCUUAAGCUCUAUGGCAAUUUCUAAGUCACUCGAGCUUAACUACAUGAUUGAAGACGAUGUGCCCAUGUGGGUUAAGGGAGAUCGAUUUAGGCUGCGUCAGGUGAUGCUCAAUCUUAUCGGGAACGCAAUCAAGUUUACUGAUAAAGGUGAAGUAUUCACACGAUGUAGUGUGAUUAAGGAAGAAAAACAAGAUGUGCCAGAUACAGUACUUCUCAAGUUUGAAGUGAUUGACACCGGACGUGGGUUUACUAGUGAAGAUGAGUUGAGAAUGUUUAAACCAUUUUCGCAGCUGCGGUCUAAUCACCAGUAUCAAGAUUAUAGCGAUAGUCCAACAUCAUCGUCAUCAUCUUCAUCCUGCAGUUCUGGAUCAUCUACGGAAACUGCCAUGAUUCCAUCUGAAGAACCCAAAAUGGAGCCUGUAAUGGCGCCUCCUACAUUUACAUCUCCAGGAACAGGUCUUGGUCUUGUAAUUUCAAGACAAUUGAUUCAGCUUCAAGGUGGCGAACUUUCUUGCAAGAGCAAGCCUGGGAAGGGUAGCAAGUUUGUUUUUACGUGCCGUGUUGACUUGCCCACUGAGUCUGACAAGCCGCCAGUUGAAGAGAGUAUGCGAGUGGAAGAGGUUACUGUUUCUGAAGUCCAGCCAUUGGAUAUUUUAAUUAUUUGUCCAUGCGAGUAUGCGCCAUUGAGCAUUAUUCAUCACAUUAAAAAGACAGUUGCAGAUCCAGUCAAUUGUAAAUGUACUGUGGUGAGGAACGAUAGCAUUUUGAGAGAAUAUCUUUCUGGUAAGAAGCCAUUCCGAAAAUGGACGCAUGUGAUUAUCAACAACUCAAAGUCUGAGCUUGUGGAGACAGCCAAGCUUGCGCUGGAGUGCAACCGGCAAUUUAAAUGGAUGAUGGAAAUUGUUUUGUUGGUCCCCCUGAUUCAAGAGUCGACUAUUAUAGCCGGAAUUAAUGGUGCUGGUGCUGUAGGUCCACAAAAGCUUCCGCCUAGUGUUCGGGUGCUGCAUAAGCCUGUGACACCGACCAAAUAUAGCUUGGUUUUUGAUCCAUCGAAGCAGCGCGAGGCGAGUCGUGAUCUCAAGAUGCGCAAUGCACAGGAGGUUUUAGAAAAUCAAAAAGACAUUUUUAAAACGAUUCAGCAGUUUGUGGGAGACCGACGAAAAGAUGAAGAAUCCGGUGGUUCUGGAACAAGAACCGAGAACGGCAAGUUAAAUACAGAUGAAGGACCGAUGCGGGUACUUUUAGCGGAAGACAAUCCUGUAAAUCAAAAAGUGAUGGGCCGCUUUUUUGACAAGGCCGGACUCGAGUACGAAAUUGCCAAAGACGGUGUUGAAUGUACACGCAAGGUAUUUGAGCAUGCACGAGGGUACUACGGGCUGAUUAUUUGUGAUUUGGACAUGCCGCGAAAGAAUGGGUUUGAAACGUGUAAGGAGAUUCGGGAGUGGGAGCGGCAACAAGACGCAGCGACCGGGAAGCCAGAAUGUCCAGUUGCGAUUGUUGCACUGAGCGCGUAUGUCAUGUCAGACAUGGCAGGACAAUGUGAUCAGGCCGGAUUUACGCGGUACAUUUCUAAACCCAUUGACUUUGGUCGUCUCAAAGACCUUAUUCUAGAGCUUUUGUCUUGA